GAGAGAGCGAGGUGAGCCCUGCCCUGUCAGUUGUGUUGAGUCAGAUCACUGUUCUCUGCAGUUCAUUUCCCCUGAUCAUGCAGAGCAGCAUGAUGACUGCUAUUGAGGGCCAGGGAAAGGUGCCCUCCACCUGCGAUGUGGCUGCGUUAUAGAGAACAAGCAACUGACCCACCCAGAGGGAGGCUCUUCUUCAGGCUGAUGUCAGCAGCAUGACAAGUAAAGGAAUGGCUUCAUCCAGCAACCUGCGUAUCCAGGGGGAUGAGAACUUGCAGUCCAUGUUGCUGGGGACAGUAAUGAGGAAGAUUAAAUCACGCACCUGGAAGAAGCAGCGCUAUUUCAAACUGCAAGAGGACUGUAUGACCAUCUGGUACAAGUCAAAAAAGACAGGCAACAGCCACUCCACCUUCUCAGUGGGUGAUGUGGAGGCAGUGCGGGAAGGUCACCAGUCAGAGGUGCUGCAGAGCAUUGCUGAGGAGUUUCCUCCUGACCGCUGCUUCACUCUCGUCUUCCGAGGUCGUCGCGGCAACCUGGAUCUGGUGGCUGACUCUCCGGAGGAGGCCAAGACGUGGAUUCAGGGGAUGCGCAAGCUAAUUGAGAACCUGGAGAACAUGGGCCAGCGUGAGAAACUCGACCAGUGGAUCUGUGACUGGUUUAAGAAAGCAGAUAAGAACAAUGACGGACGCAUGAACUUUAAAGAGGUGCGGGACCUGCUGAAGAUGAUGAAUGUGGAUAUGAAUGAGCACCAUGCCCUACACCUCUUUCAGAUGGCUGACAAGUCUCAGUCGGGCACGUUGGAGGAUGACGAGUUUGUGCUGUUCUACAAGAUGCUGACGCAACGGGAGGACGUGCUGCGGCUCUUCCAGGAGUUCUCCGGGGAUGGGCAGAAGCUGAGCUUGCUGGAGCUGGUGGAGUUUGUGCGGGAAGAGCAACUGCAGUGCGAGCAGAGCCGGCAGCACGCAUUGCUGCUCAUUGACCGAUACGAGCCCUCAGACACCGCCAAGAAGCUCCAUGCCAUGACUAUCGAUGGGUUCCUAAUGUACCUCAGCUCUCCUGAAGGCUCCAUCUUCAACCCGCGGCACCAGGGUCUCUAUCAGGACAUGAGGCAGCCGCUCAGCCACUACGUCAUCUCCUCCUCCCACAACACCUACCUGAUUGAGGACCAGCUUCGGGGCCAAAGCAGCGUCGAGGGCUACAUUAGGGCUCUGAAGCGUGGCUGUCGCUGUGUUGAGGUGGAUUGCUGGGAUGGCCCCAGUGGAGAGCCCAUUGUGUAUCACGGACACACACUUACCAGCAAAAUUUUCUUCAAGGACGUCAUCCUGGUUCUUAGCAACUAUGCCUUCAAGGUAUCAGAGUACCCUGUCAUCCUGUCCAUUGAGAACCACUGCAGUGUGGAACAGCAGAGAGUGAUGGCACAUCACCUGAACAGCAUUCUGGGAGACAUGCUGCUGAAAACCACUGUGGAUGGGAAAAUUCCGAGCAGGCUGCCUUCCCCUGAGGAGCUGAAGGGCAAGGUCUUGGUGAAGGGGAAAAAGAUAGGCAGCCUGGAGGAGUGUGUGAACGGACCGGGGGAGGAGCACGUCGGGGAGGUGAGCGAUGAGGAUGAGGCUGCCGACAUCGAUGAUGACAGCACACGCAGGAAAGCCAAGAAGCCAAGUCAGCAGCUAUCCAAAGAGCUUUCUGACUGUGUGGUUUAUUGUAAGAGUGUGCACUUCAGCAGCUUCAAGCACGCUCGCACACACUCCAAGCUCUAUGAGAUCUCCUCCUUCACAGAGUCCAAGGCACGCAAGCAUAUAAAGGAGUCAGGAGCCGAGUUUGUGCAACAUAACACCAGGCAGCUGACCCGUGUGUACCCCAGCGGCAUGCGGACAGACUCCUCCAACUAUAAUCCCCAGGAUAUGUGGAACGUGGGCUGCCAAAUAGUUGCUCUGAACUUCCAGACAGCAGGUAUGGAGAUGGACCUCAAUGAUGGCCUCUUCAGCCAGAAUUGCCGCUGUGGAUACGUCCUGAAGCCCAAAUUCCUGAGGGGCUGGGAGAGGUUUGACCCGGAGAACCCCCGUGGCUUGGAAGGGUACAUGCCCCUUCGCCUCUCCAUACAGAUAAUCAGCGGACAGCAGCUCCCCAAAGUGAACAUUAAGGAGGGCUCCAUCAUCGACCCACUAGUGAGAGUGGAGAUCCAUGGAGUACCAAUGGACCAGGCCAAACAGGAGACGAAAUACAUUGACAACAACGGAUUUAACCCUGUGUGGUAUGAGACCCUUCAGUUUACUGUCCAUGUCCCUGAGCUGGCUCUAGUGCGCUUUGUCGUGGAGGAUUAUGAUAAGACCUCGAAGAAUGACUUUGUGGGGCAGUACACUCUUCCUUUCAUGAGCAUUCAGCAAGGAUAUCGCCACAUCCAUCUGCUUUCAAGGGACGGGACCAGUAUAUCUCCUGCCUCGCUCUUUGUGCACAUAAGGAUCACUGACCUUGCAUAAUGUGGACAAGCCCCUCUACACCCGUCAGGAAUGAACCCCUAACAGCAUGAGAACCUUCCCCAGCAUGACAGUGUGAACGAGUGGCCACUGCACUAAUAUAUGAGUUGGGGCUCAAAGAUUUCCUGAAAACAUUAAAAGGCAUGCUGUAUUAUCACCACCAAAAACAACAGCCCAGAAGCAUUGCUUUUAUCUUAUUCCUUGCAACACACUGUAGUGUUUCUCUUACCACGGUUAACGCUGCUGGAAUACCUCACAGACAUUUGGGGGAAUUUGGAUUUGAAAUCCAAUUGUUUGACCGCAUUUGAAUCUGCAGACAUAACUUGUCACCAAAAACUGCAUGCAUAUGAAAUAUUACUGUUAAAAAUAAUUAAGCAAAAUGUAAAUGCAUAUUCCAUAUAUAUGAAUAACACAGACAAGGAUUGUAUUUGACAUAAAAGGGCUGACUAUCUCUGGUAACUACUUUUGUGUUGCAGUAAUCAAUUAGUAGCUUUUUAACCCAAGACACUGUGAACAUUAACUUUGUGGCCUAUAUUUUGUUAAGAAGUUACUCAAUGGUUGUUUGCAUAUAGCUUAAACAUAGAGA